UGUGCAAAAAUAACGAGCUUCGAAACAAGUUUUUAAUGUUUAUUUUGUGGACGCGGGCUGCAAUUCCCUAAAGAAACUUCAGUUUAACAUAUCAGCACACUCGCGGGGCGAGUAUUAUUGUUCACAUUCUUUUACAGUGAAAUUGCGCUUUUGUAGACAAGGGUUCAUUUUCAGACGAUUAUGUUUGUGUUUUUGUUCGUUAUCAAUCUGCAGAGGUCUCGAGAUGACAAAUGGCCUUGUCAAAAUGACGCCAGUCAAAACAUUUUACCACCCCUCUAGAAGAACGCGUGUAAAAUGCCCCGCACAGACACUGUACAAACACUCAUAACUUUCUCAAGCGCAAAGGAGACGGUGGGAAACACUAUUGCUGGAUAACAAGUUGAAGUAACAAUACCAUGAGGCAAUCUGCAUUAUCUAGAGAGUGUUGAAUUAAACUAGAAAUGUCGUGAGACACGAGAGUCCGGUGGUCUAGAAGUGGCCACCUUGAAACAAUUGAAAAAGCCAACCAAUGGCGUGCGGAACUGUUUUGAUCCUUUUAAUUUGUAAUCAGCUUUUAUUUUGAGAGGUGAACUAGAAAUGUACUUUAAUAAGAUAAGUAUUCAUUCAUUGUGUGGGAAAGAAACGUUUUUUUCCCCCUACAACAACAAAUGACCAGAAGUUACAAUGCAAAUGGAAGCUGGCAUUGCUAUUUGGCUUAAGAGACUGGCCCACUUUCAAUUCUUUCAAGCCUAAAAAUCCAAGAAUAGUUUUGGCAAAGACAGAUGCGGUGCUACAGUUUUGGGCCAGUGUGAACUUCUUCGUCCCCUGUGUGUUUUAUGCUGUCGUAAAACCCACGUGCCCUUUUCUCUGAUCCUGCGAGCGCUCAGAGGAGAGGGGGGCACGAGAGGGAGGAGAUGAUAUUGUACUUCAGACGUAAACCCAGAAACGAACAGCGCGACGUAUCUGAAGUCAAUACUAUGGUGUAAGAGUCCGGGAAAUACGCAUUGGAAUCACCGUCAAGGACCUAAUACACCUUUACGUGUGAACAUACUCCGGUUUGCGAUGCUAAAGCCCAGUGACCCCAGCGGCUCUGCGUUCCUCAAGGUGGACCCAACUUACAUCCAGCACUGGCAGCAGCUUUUCCCACAAACACAUCUAAAGAAUGCCGCGCUCACGCAGUUGCAGCCGCCUGACCGUAUCACCAUCCCAGUGGAGAGCUUUCGCCAAAGGCAGAACCUCAUCUCCUCAACCACCUCUUCCUCGGCUCUGACCCCGUCCUCCACCUCUUCCUCCACCUCCUCAGUUUCUUCGCUGGCUGGGUUAACACAACUGCCCGUGCCACCAAUUGCACUUUUUGGACAAACUCUUUGCAGCGACAUUAUCUCGUCAGACAGCACCAGCCUCCAAGCUAAAGAAGUCUGUGUAUCCUCGAGUUUUAAGAGCGACAAGGGGUCUCGGUUUAAACUGACCUCUGAGGAACUGGACUACUACCUUUACGGACAACAACGAAUGGAAAUAAUACCGUUAAACAAUCACACCGGCGACCAGAACAAUCGGUGUGACAUGUGUGCGGACAACCGCAACGGGGAGUGUCCCAUGCACGGCCCUCUGCACUCCCUACGCCGCCUGGUGGGCACCAGUAGCUCCGCCCCAACCGCGCCCCCUCCGGAGGUCCCCGACUGGCUGAGGGACCUGCCCCGGGAGGUGUGCCUCUGCACCAGCACCGUGCCCGGCCUGGGCUACGGAAUCUGUGCCGCCCAGAGGAUCCCCCAGGGAACCUGGCUGGGACCCUUCCAGGGAGUGCCCCUCCUGCUGGAGAAGCUGCAGGCCGGAGCGGUCAGGAACACCAGACACUUAUGGGAGAUCUACGACCAGGAGGGAACGCUACAGCACUUUAUCGACGGCAACGAGCCCAGCAAGUCCAGCUGGAUGAGGUACAUCCGCUGCGCCCGGCACUGCGGAGAGCAGAACAUGAUGGUCGUCCAGUACAGGUCCUGUAUAUUCUACCGUGCCUGCAUGGACAUCCCCAGGGGAACGGAGCUGCUGGUCUGGUACAACGACAGCUACACCUCCUUCUUUGGCAUACCGCUUCAAUGCAUCGCCCAGGAUGAGAACCUAAACGUGCCUGCCAGUGUAAUGGAGGCCAUGUCCAGGCAGGAGAACCUGCAGCCCUUCAGCAAGACGGGCAAGCCCCCUCCGUCGUCCGUCCUGCGCUCCAUGGUGUUCCCCCACUCCCCCUGCACCUCCAGGGGCUUCUCCAUGAUGGACAAGGCCGGCCACGCUGACCCCGGCGGCUUCGGCCAGCUGGGCUCCAAGAACCAGCGCGUCCUGGCCAGCCCCACGUCCACCUCCCAGCUCAGCACCGAGUUCAGCGACUGGCACCUGUGGAAGUGCGGCCAGUGCUUCAAGACGUUCACCCAGAGGAUCCUGCUGCAGAUGCACGUCUGCACGCAGAACCCCGACAGACCGUACCAGUGCGGCCACUGUUCCCAGUCCUUCUCCCAGCCCUCGGAGCUCCGUAACCACGUGGUCACACACUCCAGCGACCGGCCGUUCAAGUGCGGCUACUGCGGCCGGGCGUUUGCCGGCGCCACCACGCUGAACAACCACAUCCGCACACACACCGGGGAGAAGCCUUUCAAGUGCGAGCGCUGUGACAGAAGCUUCACCCAGGCGACCCAGCUGAGCAGACAUCAGCGGAUGCCCAACGAGUGCAAGCCCAUCAACGAGAGCAGCGAAUCAAUCGAGGUGGAUUAGCUGAUUGACUGUCCGGAAUUAAACUGCAAGGAAAAUCAUGAUUAAAUGUCACGGACACUUAAGCAAAACCAAAGAUUUCCUCUGAGAACCCCCCCCCCAAUCAGCAACAGAAAACCAAAAGCAGUAAUAAAAUAAGUAAGAUGUUCAGAGACAUUGAUCCUGGCAAAGAACAGGACCAGGAUGGGAAUGGGACAGGA